CCCCGCAGACCAGUCAGGUCUGCUCCUGCCGGGUUUUACCCGCAGGAGCCAGGCCAGGAGCUCGGAAAGAAGAGCCCAGACCUUGGGGAAUAUGAUCCCCUCACUCAGGCUGACAGUGAUGAAAGUGAAGAUGACCUUGUACUCAACAUCCAGAAGAAUGGGGGGGUCAAGAAUGGGAAGAGCCCCCCUGAAGAGAUCCAGGACGCUGAUUCCGAUGUGGAGGUUGGGAUGACAAAGCAGCACCCGUCAGAGAGCGCGCCCGAGGGUUAUCCUGCAGAGACGGCCGGGAGUCUGGAGCAGAAGGCUGCUCCCUCCCUCAUGCCAUACCUGCGCACUGCCAUCUUUCUGCUCACUGUGGUGAUCUCGAUGAUUCUUGUGCUGGUGUGCGCGUUUCUAAUUCCCUGUCCCCCUAGAGACUUGCAUAACACCUGGAACCGCAACCUAGGUCAGGGAGCAGGUGAGAAAGCCCCAGGAACAGCAUCUGGCGUGGGGGAGGUGGCAGCUCCCAGGCUGGGCAUCGGUGGGAGAGACCUAUCUGGGAGAGCCAGGUCAGAGCAGAGACCUUUCCUCACCACUACAGAUGCUCCAAAAUAAUAGACAGGUGGCUGUGUCCUGCUCUCUCUUGGAGCUGAGGCAUGUGAAAUCUGGCAUCCGCAGAUAACAGCGACACAAAAUUUUGCUCCUACCAACAGCAAAAAUUAUUUUGACUCUUCUUCCAUCCUGCCUUUUUGUCUGGAUGUUGUGCUCUGUUCCAGAUGGAGAUGACCUAGCCCAUUUUAAAAUACAAUGCCUCCCUUUCUGCAGCCUGGACUUUACCAGUACCUCCAUGCUGAAGUAUGUGGUUAUGUUUGAGAGGAGAGGGAUUUUUUUUUUUGUGUCUUCUAACUGGCUUAACUA